UAUUUUAUUCCUUCAUUUUAUUGUCGUCCAGGAAGGAGAGUAUAAUAGUGUGUAGCUGUCAGCAGCCCUUAAAACCCAUAACAAGAAGACGUUGAUCUGUUCUUUUCAACAAGAAAUAUAGCUUCCAGAGCUUCCAGGAAGAUAAUAACUACCUUACAAGAGUUCACUCCAGUCUGGGCAGUGCUUAAGUACGACAACAAUAUCGUCAAUCAUUCAGACCAAACCUAGGAGCUGAGAGAAUAUAUCUUGCACCAUGUUAACAGAUAAUAAAGAAACACUUCUGGAGAAAGAAAUAGAGAACAAAGCAAAGACCAACAAGGAAAAACCUGUUGAUCUUAGAAAGUAUAAUAGUGAACAAAUAAAACUUAUGAAGCCUUCAAGGAAUCUGGAAAGUCCAUUUGCUAAUAUGAAAAUCAGUGAUUCUAGUUUCCUGAAUAAUUUAGAUGGUAGGAGCUCAUGUGUACAGUGUGGGAAAUCUAGAAAGUAUUUCUGCUAUACAUGUUACAUUCCUGUGCCUGACAUUGCUGACAAAAUUCCAAAGGUGAAGCUUCCCUGUAAGAUUGACAUCAUCAAGCACCCUAAGGAGAUUGAUGGCAAGAGCACAGCCGUGCACGCAGCAGUAAUCGCACCUGACGAUGUAGCCAUAUACACCUACCCAAACCUGCCAGACUACUCCACUCAAGAAAAUAUCCUUCUCAUUUUUCCGGAUAAAGAUGCUAUAUGCAUUGAAGAUCUGUGGUCACAUCUUGAUAGAGAGAACAAAAGACGUCCUGAAGAACCUCAGAUAAAACGCAGCAGACCACAGAUUCCAUUUACAAAAGCAGUAUUUAUUGAUUGUACUUGGAAUCAAACCAGGAAACUCUACAGUGAUGAAAGAAUAAGAGGUCUCCAGUGUGUUGAGUUGACCAAUAGAGAGACAUUAUUCUGGCGUUACCAGCGUGGGAAGCCCCACACCUACCUAGCCACCAUUGAGGCUGUAUAUUACUUUUUGGUUGAUGUACACACAAAUGUUCUCAAGUCAGAGUAUGCCAAUGAAUAUGAUGAUCUCCUGUUUUUUUUUAAAUUCAUGUUUGAGAAAAUUCAUUCUUUGUAUGAUAAAUAUUCUUUAAGGGCAUACAAAGUGUAAUGUAGUUUUAAUGGUUUACUUUGUCUUAUUCUGCAUUUUAUGUAUGUACACAUUUUAGUAAAAAUAUUGUGGAUGAUAUGCUACAGUAUAAUUUUGUGAAUGUUUGAUGUACAACAAAGCAAAAAUUUCAUCCUCUUGUUUUGUGAUUAAAUUGAUUAAAUUCACUGCAAAACUUCACUAUUUAAUAUGAUUAAAAACUUCAUUUUAUGAGAAGAACACAUGACGUACAGAUGAAAGGAAGUGUGGCAGUCUUCAUGUACAACUGUUAGUUUCAUUUGUCAGACUUUACUUGUUGACCACUUGUCACAUACUACCUUAUACAACUAUGUCACAGCUACACUUCUCUUAUCUGCCUUUUAUGUUUGAUGAAGUAUUGCAUAGUCUCUUGAUACAUAUUAUUUCUUAUAGUACAGUACAAGAAGCAAGCAGCAGUUAUGUCAGUAUAAUAGCUAAAUUAAUCUAAAGUACCAUAUAUGAUUUUUAUAUGUAUUGGUGUAUUGAGUGGUACAUACUGUAUUAUUAGGCUGGAGAUAAAUUUAGAGAUGGGUAUGUCUUGUUGGCCACAUGAUACCCAGGAAUGAUUCAUUGAAAAAUCCACUAGCACAGGAUAUCUGUAAUGCAUUCAUUGAGAGAGAAAUAUCCAUCUAGCAUUAUAAUUUUGUCAACAUUGAUGCCAAAUAAAGAGAGAAUAGAUUUUUUAA